AUGGGAAAUGCACUCCAUGCUGGUGAUGGGCUGACCAUCGCGGAGAUCUCCGCGGUCGAGUCGUAUUCUGUUGGAAUGACCUCAGAGUCGAGAACGACCACCGAUGACAACACGGCAAGUGUUGCUACGAGACAACAACUCACAGUGAGUGACGAAAGGGACAGUGGUGGUGGCCGUCUGCAUCGCAACCGCAGUGCCACUAGCAGCAAGUCGAGUAGCAGUCGAAUAGGUAUACGAGGCAAUCCAAGUAGGAACAGCCGACAUUUGCAUCAAGAUCGAUCAAGAUCAAAUGUUAGAUCACCCAAUCGAUAUGAAAGCAAGUACUUGGACGAGACGGUUGCAAGCCGACCCUCUACUCUUUAUCAUAGCAAGUAUACGGAUGGCACUGACCCUAGUCGAUCACGAUCGCCAACUCGCUAUGACAACCAGUACCUGAAUCCGUCUGAUUCCAGCAGUCACCCUCGUAAACGAUACGAUGUCGUCAAGGGAUCCCGAACGGAUGGUUCCUCUGCCUAUCAUCAUGGCUAUCGCAUGCGCAACGAUUGCCGCGAUGAGAAUGAGACUUACCAAGAUGGUGGUACGUAUGGGGGCGGUGAUGCGUAUUUGGACGGAAAUUAUCGAGGCGCUGGCACCUACCAAGAAGACAGUGGAACGUACAGAGAAUAUGAAGGAUAUGGCGCUAAUAAUAGGAAGCGAGGAAAGAAGGAAGAAGAACCUCGAGAAGAAGAGUCCACUACUUCCGAACGUCGUUACGGGGCGAGUGAGAGGGAGUCCCCUUUCCACUACGGCUUGACAGAAGAAGAGAUGAGGCAAAGCAAGUUGAUGUUGGCAACAGAAAGUGAACAGGGGACAUCGUCAAGAAUCAAAAGUGUUGCGCCUUCAAUCGAGGAUCCAGAGGUUCAUCCUCUCCUCGAAGACACCGACUCUGAGUCCUUGCACGGCGACAGCUUUUCCACGCUGACAAAGACUCAAGCGACACCCAUCGAAGAUCCAGUUCCAAAUAAUCCGGCUGCGAAAAGGCAAGAGAAUGAACGCAACCUCAAGAAGAUAAAGGAAGCCGCUGUUGGUAGCUUUGAACAGAUGUCGACACCGCCACUGGACGAUUCGGAAGCAGCUGACGACGAGGAGGCUGCGGACGCACCAGCCAGCCCUGCGGACAAGAAACUAGAGGAACUCUUACAACAGCAGCAGCUACAGAAGAAAAGCUCAGAAAACAGCUUCGAACAGUUGCGUAAUUCAAAAAAGAAGCUCCAGAAACUUCAAGAGAAAGACGCGGAGUCCCAACGAGAUGCCAACGAAACAUUUCAAACUCUCCACAGUUCUACCCUCCCACCAAGACUGGUC